CUCGAGCUCGAGCCUUUCGUGCGCGGCACACUCCCAAAACUAUCGUUCGUGGGGAAGGAUCGACGCUGCCGUGUACUUCCUACGUGCUUCUCCCUCGUGCUUCUCGGACGUUUCUUUCUUCAUCUCUCUCUCUCUCUCUCUCUCACUCUCUCUCUCUAUCUCUACCUCUCUCUCCUUCUCUCUCAUUCUCUCUUUCUCUUUUUCUUCUCUCUCUCUCUCUCUCUCUCUUUCUCUCUCUCUCUCCUUCUCUUUCUCUUCCUCAUUCUCUCUCCUUUUUGCAUACGUUUCCUCGUUAAAUUAUUUACUUCCUUUACUUCUUCAUAACGCGAAUUCCUAUUAUCAUCGACGGAAGGGAAAACAACGAAUUUGAAGGAUGCGUCGGAUAACGUGACUCGUCAGUUUAUUCGUUCGUUCGUUCGUUCGUACGUACGUUCGUUCGUACGUUCGUUCGUUAGUUCGCAUUUCUUCUCUUCUUCUUCUUGCACACGACCUUGUGCUAUACGAUCAACAAAAAAACGACGUUAUAUUAGAUACGUAUGUAUAUCGUGGAUUACAUGUUGUUAACCUCGGAAACGUGAAACAAGUGUUAAAAUUUAUUUCUUAUGGACCAAGCCGAUAAUUAUUUACUCCUAGUGAAUAUGAUCAAGUCGGUAGUGCAGUGACUUCCGUUUGUUAUUAUUUGUUGUUUGUUGUUGUUUCGUUAUAUUCUCGUUUAAUUGAAGGUCUGAGACGUUAAGUCUCAACCAACGGCAACAAAAUUGAGCUGGACUUACAUCAACGUGCCGCCGGCCACUAUAUGAGAGCCGGCGGCAACAUGUGUGAUGGCUCGUUCACGGACAGCCUACGUGGUAUGCAGGGUAUGCCUGGUACAUCGCCACCGGGUGCCACAGGGGUCGGUCCCAUGGGGGUUGCCCUUGGCAGCCCUCUUGGCCCUGCAGCCGUCAAGAAGGCACAGGUCGAACACAUAAAACGACCUAUGAAUGCUUUCAUGGUUUGGUCCCGGCUUCAGCGACGAAAGAUAGCUCAAGAAAAUCCGAAGAUGCACAAUAGCGAAAUUUCCAAAAGGCUUGGUGCCGAAUGGAAGUUGCUAACCGAAGACGAGAAACGGCCAUUCAUCGAUCAAGCUAAAAGGCUGCGGGCGCAACACAUGAAGGAGUAUCCUGAUUACAAGUACAGACCUAGAAGAAAGCCUAAAACAUUACGCAAGGAGGGAUAUCCUUAUAGUAUUCCUUAUCCAAGCGUUCCGAUGGAUGCUCUUCGAGCCGGAAUGGCCGGUAGUAUGGGACAAGCCGGUAUGGGACCAUAUUAUGGGCCAGCAGCGGCUUACGGUUCACUUUCCGCAGCUAGUAUGGCCGCUGCGGCUGCAGCGGCUGCUCAGCAAUCGGCAGCAGCAAUGUCUGCUGGUCUUGCUGCACCUGCACAAGUUGUUAGUUCUAUGGACGCCAUGAAGUAUUCGAUGGAAGCUGACAAAUAUCGUGCCGCUUACAUGCCCCCUAGCACAUUGGCGAUGAGCAUGUAUUCGGAUCCAAAGUAUCUAGAUUCAAGUCCAAAAUCUUACCUGGAUCGUAGCUACCUGGAUUCGGCGAAGGCAUAUUUCGAACAAUCGAAGCUUUAUAUGGACCAGAAACCAUCGAUAUCCGAUUAUAAUCGGCCAAGUUACGAGCCGAAUAAACUUUACGAGGAAUCAAGUCCUGGUAGCGUAACCGGUGGUGGUGGUGGUGGUGGUGGUGGUGGUGGUGGUGGUGGUAGUGGUGGUGGUGGUCCUACAAGGUCACCAGCUGCCGAAUCUCCAGACAUUAACAAACAACAUGAGAGAACGGAGCAAGGAUCAUCCAGUGGUAGCUCGACAUCUACGUCAUCAGCAGCGAGUCCAGGUGCCAGUUUACCGACUUAUUAUCCUGGUCCGGUCCAAGCCAGUGGACUUUUAGGACCUCAGAUGGGUCAAUACAGUGGUUAUCAAACCGCACCAGCCCCAGGAAACGAAUCAUUCCGACGUCCACUCACUGUAAUCUUCUGACCCGAUAGAGCAUAGCUCUGAUCCAUCUUCGAAGAGCAAUCCUCCUGAAUACAACGAGUAAUAGCUCGCAUCAGGGUAAUAUAUGAUCAACGACGUUGAUCAUACGACUUUCGCCACGUGUCCUAGGAUUUUCCUUUUUUUUCCCCUUUUUUCUUUUUUUGCUUUUCUUUUUCUUUUCCUUUUCUUUUCCUUUUAUUUUUCUUCUUUAUUUUUUUUUAUUUUUUUCCUUUUUAUUUUUCUUUUUUUUUUUUUUACAUUCAUCCCGAACAAUCUCGUUCGAUUUCCUCUUUCUUUAUUUGUUCUUUUUUUUUUUUUUCUUUCUUAUUACUUCUUUUCGUUUCCCCAGUUUUAAUUUAUUGCAAGAGAUCAUAUUGUGUUAAGAUUUCAUUUUGCGUUCGCAUAUUGCAUUUAAAAUUGUUGGCAAAUUAAGAAUUUGUUGGGCAAAAAAAUGUUGCGUUUUUUUUUUUUUUUUCUUUCUAGCCAAGAGGACUCGUGGUCAGAAAGUUUAAUAAAAGGAAGAGAGAAAGAAAGAGAAAUAAAAAGUAAAAAGAAAAAAAAAUAAAAAAAAUAAAAAAUACAAACAAAUAAAAAACGAACCAACGAAUCGCUGUCGUUUCUGUAUUUAUUUAAAGAAGAUAGAGAGGAUCUUUGGGUAAUCCCCGAUAUCCAAAUUCGCCGUCUGACGGAGAUGGGAAAAUAAAAAGAAAAAGACAAAAAAAAAGACAAAAAAAGAAAAAAGAAAAAGAAGGAAAAUAGGAAUAAAACGUCACGAUGUGUGACUUUCACGAGUAUAUAUAUAUAUAAAUAAACAAAGAUUUCUUAUAUAUAUAUAUAUAUAUAAGAAAACAAAGAUCCGAUUAUAUUUAACGACAGAUUAUAAAGAUUUGUAAAUAGUCCCUCCUGUAAAUAGUGUAGCAAAGAGUAACUUUCUCACGUCAGUACGACGACGCUCGGAAAUUUCACUCUUUUUCUCCUUCGAUUGGGUCUCAUUCGCCUUUUCGUCCAUGUACUUUUAUCGAAGGAUUACAAAUCUUGAAUUUCAUAUUGAAGGUAUAGCUACACGCAUAUUUGAGCCUUAGAACGAGCAUUGUUGUUGCUAUUAUUAUUAUCAUCUUUAUUAUUAUUUUUUUUUUUUUUUUUUAAUCUUUUUCCUUUCUUUUUUUUUUUAUUUCUUCUUGGGGAGUUUUUUUUCUCUUUCCAAUAACUCAAAGUAGAAAUUCAAAAUUUGAUUGGAAUGAAAUUCUCGUUGUAUCGAAAAAUUUAAUGUUAGUUUAUCUUCUAUUGCAUAGCUGCAAUAAUUUUAUUAUAAUUGAAGGCUUAUAUCCGAUUUAGAACUAAUUCCGUUCGUUCAAUUCCGCGUAUUCCUCGUCCAAAAAUUAUUAAACUUUAGAAAGAUAAAGGUGGGAUAUAAGAACGUACGGAUAAAAAGUUUGGAAAGUUAGGCGAAAUCAUGUUGACCCUUUGACUCCUUCCCGCUGUACGAUGAUGUGUAACCUUUAUAUUUGUAUCGUUACGAUAAAUCAUAAACUUUAAACCGAUUAUUCGAGUAUUACAUUACGAGCGGCAGAAAUAAUCUAUAAAUAUUGUACUGUAAGUAAGAAAGUAAAAAUAAAGAUUAAGUAUUAUCCUUCCAAUUA